AUGGCGCCGUGUUCUUCUUGCCGCAGAGGCAAGGCCGACUGCACGAAAGAGCGCUGCCCCGAUCCGCUCUCAGACUCCGACAGCGACAGCGACAUCAGCGACGACGAGCGCAGUGAACCUGUCUACCCAAGCACCCUUCCAACAUUCGAAAGCGAUCUUACGUGCUUCAGGAGGAUCUUUCCGAGUAUGAUCAACAGCCUCAAUAGUGCAGAUGAUCCAGUUGAAAUGGGUUGGCUAGCGGGCUGCGUACACGACGUCGUCUUGUGCCUACAGUCCCACCUCAUCGAAGAAGCCCUCAGAGCGCGGUAUUAUCGCGAAGACCGUCCAGUCGAGGAAGGCCAGGGCCCGGUUCCAGAGGGGGUGGUCGAAUACAUCAAGCCGAAACAACUGCUCGAGUUCUACAAUUUGAUACAUGAAGAAGUUGAAGUUCAGUACUUGUCCAAAGCCGCUGUUCCUCUCACGGAUAGAAAGGUCGAGCAGAAGAUCAGAGCGAAGGAGGCCAUGUUCGGCACAAUGCUUGACAACGCGAUCAAGGAGAUGUGGUGGAUGGAGGACGAAGAUGACCCAGAGGAGAACCAUGAAGAACUCUACAGUGUACGAGGUGGCUGGGACGCAGCUCGUGAAGACCCUUGGUCCUACCCACCUUGGGUAUACGGCCCCGCAGAUGUCCACGGCCCUGUACAACUCGAACCAGAUCGCACACCCACAGAGUACAAGACCACGGGUGACCCGGUACCCAUGAGUGCGUUCAGCGUUGCGUAUCAAGGUCCACACCCUGUCCGAGGUACGUGCCUUGUCUGCAUGGACGAGCUUGCCAACCCUGAUUCUCCUGUUGUGGCUGCGCGAUGCUCUAAGGGUCAUUUGUUCCAUGGGUCUUGCUUGAACAAGUGGGUAAACGCAUCGGCCAUGGACAAUGCCAACUUAUGCCCGCAUGAUCGUGAGCGACUUUGCGACCCACGGCAGAGGAUACACCCAGGAGGGGUGUCCGAUGUCUUUGACGAAGAAGAGUCUGACGCUGACGGCUCCGACUCAGAAGAUUCGGAAACGGUUAAGUCGGAUUCGGAGGAUUCUGAUGCGGGCGAUGAUAUCGACAUGGACUCCAGCGAGUUAGACCAAGAGGGCUCGGACGCGGAUGCCGAGGGAUCGGACGACGACUUGUUCGAUAUGGACAUCAAUGAAGACGAACGUAAUGAGCACUGCACGGAAGAACUGGAUGAAGCUGCUCUCGUACGAUUCCUGCGGAGCGACGAGGAAUUCAUGUACUGAGUCAUACAAUUUCUCCGACGAACUGUCCCUGGACUGCUUCUUGGGGCUGCCUUGGG